AUGGCAGAUGUUUCGGAGACAUGGCACACAGUCAAACCGGCGGGUCUUGCUGCAGCUCUUCUCGCUAUCACCAUCAUAUUCACGCCACUGAUAUUUGUUGUUGUCGGCUUGAGAAUAUGGGUCAGGGUGACGCAUCACUGUUUCGGCCUUGAAGAUUGGCUCAUGUGCAUUGGAGCGACUCUCAACUUGGUGCACAAUGGAGUUGUUAUCUGGGGCAGUUUUACCGGUAUUGGAACACCAGACUCAAAGCUCAACACGGCUAUGGUGAUGGAAGGCUUCAAGGCCGUGACAUUUUGGCAGAUCUUCUACGUCAGCAGCUCCCUCUUCAUCAAAAUCUCCAUUUGCGCUCAGCUAUUGCGCGUAACAGAUAACCAGAGAAUCAAGAUUUUUCUUUGGGGCUUGAUAGCUUUGACAGCCCUCAUUACACUGACAGCGACAAUUAUCGGCCUAGUCAGGUGCAGACCGCUCAGCGCAUCGUGGGACCCAAAUACAGGAACAUGUCUGGAUCAAGGUAUCCUCUCAGUACUGACCUACGUUGUUUCGGGCAUCAAUAUCGUGGUGGAUUGGUCUGUUGCUAUAGUACCCGUCAUCAUUCUAUGGAAUAUCCAGAUGCACAGGACUCUGAAGACCAUGGCGAAUGUAGUAAUGGGGAUUGGCGCUUUGGCAUCGGUGGCAACCAUUAUUCGGCUCCCGUACUCUCCAGCGUAUUCUCAGCCCUCUGAUCAACUCUAUGGCAUCGGAAACAUCAUUUUAUGGACAGUCGUAGAAUGCAGUCUCGGAAUUAUCGCCGGCUCAAUGCCCAUGCUUCGAAAGCUCUUCAAGGCGCUGCGCAAAAACGACAGUUCAUAUGCCAGAGGCACUGAAGACAUCAAUCUCGUCACUAUUGGCCAGGUUCGUGGGAAACACCAUCCCAUUUAUGAUGGGGAUGUCAGAGCUACUGUUGCUGCUGGAGAGGAUCGAGAGAGCGACAGGGAUGAUGAGAGCACAAGGCAGAUAAUCAGGGUUACAAAAGAGUUUGAGCAGAUAUCAGUGAUUGAAAAACCUCCUUCUGGAUAUUAG